AUGACUAAAGCGGUGCCUGACUACAACAUGCAGUACAAAGGGGAGGUUGCUGAUUUCGCUAGUCCCUUGAGCAUUUCUGAGACUGAUAGAUACAUCGACCACCUCAUGGCGGCUUUAAAUUUUACCCCAUCUGACCCUUUGAUAUUCAUCCUAACAGGCAUCCCUGGCCUGGAACAUGCCCACAUCUGGAUUUCCAUUCCCUUCUCUGUGUGCUAUAUUAUCAACCUGUUGGGAAAUGUCAUGAUUCUGCUUGUUGUAGGCAAGGAGCAGACCCUGCGCCAGCCAAUGUACUUGCUGCUCUGCAUGUUGGCACUCACAGACAUUUCCAUGUCCACUCUAGUGGUGCCGAAGGCCCUGUGUAUAUUUUGGUUCAAUUGGAAAGGCAUUGCUCUUGGUGGUUGCCUCACCCAGAUGUUCUUCCUUAACACAGUUUUGGUUACACAAUCAGCUGUCCUUGUGGCAAUGGCCUUUGAUCGCUACGUGGCCAUAUGUGACCCUCUGAGAUAUGCCACCAUCCUCAGCAACUCCCGCAUAGCUAAACUAGGGCUAGUGGGUUUGGUAAGAGCUGUUUUCUACAUCCUGCCCAUGCCCCUGCUCAUGAGCAGGCUACCAUUCUGUGCCAGCCGCCUUAUCCCCCACACAUACUGCGAGAACAUGGCUGUUGCUAAGCUGUCUUGUGGGGACAUCACAGUUAUCAGGAUGCAUGGUUUAGUGAUAAGUAUUUUAAAUACGGGGGUAGACGUGGGUCUCAUUGCCAUGUCCUACGGUCUGAUCAUCAGGGCUGUUUUCAGAAUCUCCUCCAAGAAAGCCCACCAGAAAGCCCUCAACACCUGCACGGCCCACAUCUGUGUGCUAAUGACAUUUUGGAUUCCCGGCCUCUUCUCCAUGAUGACACACCGCUUCGGUCAGGGCAUUGCUCCCCCUGUCCACAUCAUCUUGGCCAACCUCCAUCUUCUUCUCCCUUCCAUGCUUAACCCCGUCAUUUAUGGGGUCAAAACCAAAGAGCUCCGUGACAAAGUGGUCAAAUUCAUCCGCAGAAAAUGA